AUGGUGAUGGAAGCUAAUUCAAUUGCUGAUGAGCACAGUGAUGAUCGGGUGCUGCGACCGAGGGCGGGCGGUGACGUCAUACCCGAACGCUCCGUCAGCACCCUAGACCUUGCAAUGUCUUACCCGGCUCCCUCCAACUUAGUUCUUACACCGGCACCCGAGUGUCGCAAGCUGUCACGAGGCAUUUCCCGAGCAACCGACAAUGAAGGUCUAGUUUGGGCCCUACGAAGCAACACAGAACCUGAGCCGAGCAACUUGAGUUCCGAUCACAUACUUCUGCUGCCUGAUAUCUCUGUAUAUCCGCCUGACUUCAGGAUAUUCAUCGAAAAAGAUUUGUUGGAGACGGCAACUCUGGUGACUCUCGAAUCGGCGGGUGUGUUGAACUGGUGGCGGCACGGGCGGGUGCCCGGGGCGCCGCGACUGCUGCCGCUGGCGACGUCCGGCGACGGCAACUGCCUGCCGCACGCCGCCUCGCUCGCUGCGUACGGCUUCCACGACAGACUGCUGGCGCUCAGAACAAAAGUGGAAGCCUUGCUUUGUGGCGAAGGGGGGGAGGCGCUUACAGAGGCGCUGCGUCGUCGGUGGAGGUGGUGCGAGGCGGGCGCGCUGCGGUCCGCGGGGCUGGCGCCGAGUGAGGCGGAGUGGGCGCGCGAGUGGGAGGACGCCGUGCGCGCCGCCUCCGCCGAGCCGCGCGCGCGUCCGCAGCCCGGCGCCGCGCCUCACUACGCCGCGCUCGACGCGCUGCACGUGCUCGCGCUUGCGCAUGUCAUGCGCCGUCCGCUGCUGGUCUACGCGGACGUCGCGCUGCGGGAUUUUCGGGGUGACCCAGUAGCCCCAAUACCGUUCGGCGGUAUUUACCUUCCUCUGGAGUUGGAUCCGGAAGUGUGUAGUAAGACGCCGAUAUUGUUAGCGUACGACGCGGGCCAUUUCUCGGCCCUAGUGCCUUGCGAACCACUGCCCACUGACGGCGCUAGAGUGCCUUUGGAGGACCAAGCUGGCAACCCCAUGCCGAUUCGAUUCAGUGUUGACCCAGGUGAAGAUUUUCGCUGGGAUAUCGAGCCUGACCAAAAGACGAUCAAUAGUCUACUCCCGGACGAGUACCAACGCACGGCCAUGCUGUCUGCUUAUUUGGACUUAGAAAGAGUGGAAUGCCUCUCUCAGACCCAGCCUCCAGAAGAAUUAAGAAGAUCUCUAGACGCCCUAUCAACAAAAAGUUCUAAACAGUUAAACUCGGUAGCCAAACAGUUCGGAAGCAUCGGGAGGUCUAUGAGCAGUAAGCUAAAAAAGAACUUCGGGUCGAUGGCCAAGUUAACCGGAAAAAGCAGUGGUAGUCACAGUAAUCCAGAAGAAAGUUUACCAAGGAGGCAGUCGACUUGUGAAGUGCUGUGUUGUAGGGUGUUAGCUGCAAGGGCACCGGUCCAAGAAGAAAUGGUCAAAAAUUAUCUGAAUGAAGCAUGGAUAGGCUACACAGCGGAAAAGAACCGCAAAGAGCGCGCGCAAGUAUCGCAGCCGCGGUACGGCACGGGCCGGUCGCAGUUCUACGCGGAGGCAGACCGCGCGGCGCACCAGAACGUGCGCGGGCACACGGUUAAGUCGGGCCGGCCCGCGCCGGACCGCACGCUGCACCUCAGCCGGUCCACGUUCUACGACGACCGGCCGGCCUCGCCGCGCCCGUGCCGCGCGCCGCUCUGCCUGUACUACGGCAGCCCCGACAACGACGACUACUGCUCCAGGUGCGCCGCGCUGCGCUGA